CGCAGAGUGACGUCCCCGGUGAGUGACGUCAGUGCGCGGAAGUAAACAGAGCGCUGCGCUUCAGAUGAAAACACGAAUAUAUUAUUAUUAAUUCGCCUGAAUUAAAACUUUUAUGAUUAUUACUUGUAAAGUGAUCAGUCAGAGGUUAAACCGUACGGGUGAAUGGUUCAUGUGAAGACAGGAGAAAGCGCCGCGCUCGUCAUUAUGCUGUCAUAAAUCAUCAUCGAUUAUUGAUUGAUUGAUUCAGGUUCAGGGAUGGCGGCUGCGGGUUUCGCUCCGCCGAAGCUCAAAGACUUCAUUCUCACCGAGAAGCUGGGAAGCGGAACAUACGCGACUGUUUAUAAAGCUUUCAGAAAGACUGACAGCAGGGAGGCGGUGGCCGUGAAGGUGGUCAGCAAGAAGAGUCUGAAUAAAAGCUCGAUGGAGAAUCUGCUGACGGAGAUCGAGAUCCUCAAGACGGUCCGACAUCCUCAUAUAGUGCAGCUCAAAGACUUCCAGUGGGACAGCGAGAACAUCUAUCUGAUUCUGGAGUGGUGUUCAGGAGGAGAUCUGUCACGCUUCAUCCGCAGCCGCAGGAUCCUCCCAGAGAGAGUCGCUCGCCGCUGCCUGCAGCAGAUCGCGUGUGCUCUUCAGUUUCUCCAUGAGAAGAACAUCUCUCAUCUGGACCUCAAACCUCAGAACAUUCUGCUGAGCGGAAACAUGCUGAAACUAGCAGACUUUGGUUUUGCGCAGUACAUGAGCCCGUGGGAUGAGCAGCAUGCGCUCAGAGGCUCUCCGCUCUACAUGGCUCCAGAGAUCGUGUGCAGAAAACACUACGACGCUCGAGUCGAUCUGUGGUCCGUCGGUGUCAUUCUAUAUGAAGCGUUAUUUGGACGGGCUCCGUUUGCGUCCCGCUCCUUCACUGAACUGGAGGAGAAGAUCCGCAGUGAGAAACCGGUGGGAGGUGAGAGUCAGCAUCUCUACACUGCACAGGGCUUCAUUUACAGAUAUCCAGCCUGCAUUCUCUCAGCCGCCCCUAGAUGGGGCAGCAGUUCUGGACACUGCUGUAAUGAACGUGAGGAGAGCGGCGCGGAGGACUACGACACGCUUGAUUUAUACCAGCAGAGUCUGGGUGAAAUGCUGCUCGCGCUAGCAGCUGAAGCUCAGGGCCGGCGCAGAGAGCUGCUGCACAGUGAGAUCAAGAGUCUGAUGAGUCGAGCUGAAUACCUGAAGGAGCUGAUCAAGAUGCGGGAAACUCAGACGGAUGAGUCGCUGAAGAAAGACGCUGCUGCUGAAUCUGUCAGAUCCUCAUGUUGUUUACAGUGAGCCACGGGUUCUCACUAUGGCAACGGAAGCAGCGCGUCACAUGGCCAGAGAUUUCAGCAUCUGAUUGGAUCCUGUCAAACUGCACUGUUAAAUCUGAAACAGACCUGAAAGAAGCAGAUUCAUGCUGUAAAACACACACACACACAUGGGUUUACCGCAAACCCAGCAUGACAGAGGUGUGGCUUUCUCAGCGUUUACUCUGGGUUCACACACACUUCACACACACUUGAGUCUAUACUUGAACACUCUGUUAAAAAGGGAGAUUUCAGCAUCCACUUUCUGCCUCUGACUGUAGUGUGUGUGUGUGUGUGUGUGUUUGUAACCAGCUCUGAUGAUGAUUGUGAGAUUAUUUAUUCUCUGUCUGAUCUCAAUGAAAGCACUGGUCUGGAUUUCUGUCUCUCUGCCUGAAUAUUUUGUUGCUUUAUGAAUUUUUGUUGGCUGUAAAGUGUCGUUUCCUCUCCGCAUUCCUAUGGUAAUAUAAUUCCUCCCUCCCGCAUUCCUCUUUCCUCUCUGGAAUAAAUCAGCCUGCAGAAACCAUCAUAUAUUCACUCCGGCACGACAACAAAACACACCGCUGACACUUCACUUCUGUCUUAUUAACACUACUAAAGGCCUUUAUCAUUUAAACUGAUUAUCCACUGUCAGAUAUAACCCUAGAUAGAUGCAAACCUGAUAUGAACAAUUGUGUAUAUAACUGCAAUAUUACUGCGACUCUCCAAAACAAAGCAUGUGAAUAUGGGGGAUGUGAUUGGCUAUCGCUUGCUAAGCCUAUGACUACCAAACAUGAACAAAUACUAUAGUAAUCUAUAGUAUGAUAGCGUGUGUGUUUGUGAACCAUUCAGUAGUGAAGUGCUUGAAUUAAUCUGCUGUGGUGAUUCUACAGUUGCUAUGGUAACACAAUAACAACAGUAAUGAAUCUGUUGUGGUGAUUCUAUAGUUGCUAUGGUAACACAACAACUAAAGUAAUUGAUCUGCUAGGGUUAUUCUUUAGUUGCUAUGGUAACAACAAUUACAUAAUUGAGCUGCUGUGGUGACUCUAUAGUUGCUAUGGUAACACAACAACUAAGGUACUGAAUCUGUUGUGGUGAUUCUAGAGUUGCUAUGGUAACACAACUAAAGUAAUUGAUCUGUUGUGGUUAUUCUAUAGUUGCUAUGGUAACACAACAAGUAAAGUAAUGAAUCUGUUGUGGUGAUUCUAGAGUUGCUAUGGUAACACAACUAAAGUAAUUCAUCUGCUGUGGUUAUUCUAUAGUUGCUAUGGUAACACAACUAAGGUAAUUGAUCUGUUGUGGUUAUUCUAUAGUUGCUAUGGUAACACAACAAGUAAAGUAAUGAAUCUGUUGUGGUGAUUCUAGAGUUGCUAUGGUAACACAACUAAAGUAAUUCAUCUGCUGUGGUUAUUCUAUAGUUGCUAUGGUAACACAACUAAGGUAAUUGAUCUGUUGUGGUUAUUCUAUAGUUGCUAUGGUAACACAACAAGUAAAGUAAUGAAUCUGUUGUGGUGAUUCUAGAGUUGCUAUGGUAACACAACUAAAGUAAUUCAUCUGCUGUGGUUAUUCUAUAGUUGCUAUGGUAACACAACUAAGGUAAUUGAUCUGUUGUGGUGAUUCUAUAGUUGCUAUGGUAACACAACAGCAAUGAAUCUGUUUUCGUGAUUCUAUAGUUGCUAUGGUAACAACAACUAAGGUAAUGAAACUGUUGUGGUGAUUCUAUAGUUGCUAUGGUAACAACAACUAAGGUAAUGAAACUGUUGUGGUGAUUCUAUAGUUGCUAUGGUAACACAACAGCAAUGAAUCUGUUUUCGUGAUUCUAUAGUUGCUAUGGUAACAACAACUAAGGUAAUGAAACUGUUGUGGUGAUUCUAUAGUUGCUAUGGUAACAACAACUAAGGUAAUUGAUCUGUUUGGGUAAUUCUAUAGUUGCUAUGGUAACACAAGUACUAUAUUAUGCAAUCUGUUGUCUGAUUUUAUAGUACACUAAAUGCACUACAGAAUGUUAUGGUAAUGCACUACAGAGUUGCUAUGGUAACAACAAUUAAGGUAGUUGAUCUGUUGUGGUGAUUCUACAGUUGCUAUGGUAACACAACAACAGUAAUGAAUCUGUUUUGGUGAUUCUAUAGUUGCUAUGGUAACAACAACUAAGGUAAUUGAUCUGUUGUGGUAAUUCUAUAGUUGCUACGGUAACACAAGUACUAUAUUAUGCAAUCUGUUGUGCUGAUCUUAUAGUACACUAAAUGCACUACAGAAUGUUACGUUUUCACACAAACUGCUAUGUUUUAAAUGUACAAUUUCCACCUUAUUACUCUUGAGGACUUUAAGUAGGGCAACCUUUUUACUCACACUUUGAGUAGUGUUUACAACAGAUACUUUACUUGCACGGCAUUAUUUGACAAGCAAUAGUUCUUAGGUAUGAUUUUUCAGCACUAAACGAAGGUGUGUAAUGAAGCAGCUCUUAACCUCAGCGCUCCAGUAUACAAAGGUCAUUCAGAUGAAUGCAUGUUCUCUAGAUUUGAUAGCAUCUAAUUUCACCACUGAUCCGUUUGGAAACGCACAACGGCACUGUUGUUGUAGUCCUUUCUGUUCUCAAAUGUUCUGCCAGCUCCAUCUUGGAUCUCAGGCUCAGAAAAGUCAUGCCAACUCAACAUCAGAUCCACCGUUAAUCCUCCGUGCGCGUCAUGAAUGGGUCAUUGUACCCACAGGACACAAUGCUGGCUCUGCAGUGCAUGUGAGGUGGGGGUUGAAAUCUGGGUCAGUCCUGAAAGCAGAUAAAUGAGGAACGAGGCCCAGCAGUGUCACUAUAUCCUCCCCCUCCAGCAGCCUUUGUUUAUUUUGAUUUUGUUCCCGGACGGUUCACCAGGGACGAAAGAGAGGCUUGUUUUGUUUUAGGUUUUUUUUUGUAAAGAAACUCAGAAACCAAUGAGCAGAGCUGGGUGGUUUUUACUUAUGAAUUGUAAUCAGUUACAGUUUUACUUUACAUAUUUAUGGUAAUGUAAUCUGACUACUUUUGGAUUACAUUUAGAUUACUUUGCUAAUUGUUAUUUGAUGCAACAUAUAAUAAUUUAGAAAGAAAAUAAGAAGACUAAAUAUAUUUAAUUCAUUUCAUACAUUCAUG